CACUCGCUCUGUCCCACUAUGUGCAUGACGGGCAUAUACACACACUGACUAGCCACAUGCAAGCACGACUGAGAACUGACUCUUUCCUUGCUUGCCGUAGCUCCGUAGUUGGGGGUGCAGCCAGUCGUGCAAGGAGGGUGGCCAUUUUUACUCUCUCCCAAAAUUAACUCAAAGUGGGUGGUUUUCAACGGUAACGUUUUUUUCAAAAUCAAUUUCGUGCUAGGAUCGUGUCGUAGUGUAGCUUAUCCUGUGCACAAAUAACACUAUUGAUGAUAACAUCUGUAUAUUAGUGCGUAAGUGGGUGGCUUUAACAUAGUAAAGUUGGUGGGGCUUCUAGUUCUCACAGAAAUUAAUUUCCCAUUCGAAAAUAUUAAAUUAUACGGUGGAUAUCAAAGCUGAUUAACUCGGGUUCCUAUUUAGACACACGACGUGUUAAUUGUAGACCUGGGUGGGUGACAUCAUAACAUGUCCUGCAGACCUCCUCAAUUAUAUCCCAAUCCGAGAGGAAGGCCAAAUGCUCAAAGGUCAAUGACGAAUAAUUUACAAUUACUGAGGGCGCAACUCCUCGCGGCACAAAAGACGGUGGAUACAAUUUGCAAGCAGUGGGUCGUUGCAAGUCCUAGUGAAGCAGACAAUGCAGACACGGAGCUUGAAGUUUUGAUAUCAGCGCUUAAAACAGCGGCCGCAGCAACGGAUGAGUUAGACUCGAAAUUUAGUGCAAAAGAGGCUGAAAUUGAGCAAGAAGCUAUCAUUUUUAAACACGAAUAUAUGCAUGAAGAGUUAGAGGAGGAGGAGGACCAUGGAAUGACAAGCCAUGAACAGGAAAUUGAGCAUCAAGAAGAGGACGAAGUAGAAGAAGAAGAAGAAGACGAAACCCAAGGCGAAAACGAAGAAGUUGGGAGUAGAGAAGAAGGUCAAAGGGACGAAUAUCAGGAAGAAGAAGAGGGUGAAGGGACUGGAGAAGUUGGCGGAGUAGUAGAAGAAGAAGACGAAGACAGUAUUGACGCAAUGCCUUUAGACGUUCCAGAUUUCUCAUUGAUAUCUUCCAUCUUAGCCGAUGGUUCAGACAGUAAUGGAAGCAAAUCUUCAAGAAAUCCUGGUUCUGUUGUUCCUAUGAGAAAUCUAAACAAUAGAAGACUUCCUAAUAGAAGAUUCUUGACGAACCCCUCCAUAAUAAAAACAGAGUACGACGGGGGUGGUGGUGAUGACGAUGAACAUCAAGGUGUGGGCCAAGGCUCAGUAUCUCAUAGUUCUGGACCAAUGCGAAAAAUGCCCAGACUAUUAGACCCUCAAGGACGAGUAUACGUACCUCCAAUGAUUAAGACUGAGCCUAUUCACAGUGGACAAUAUGACCACCAAGAUGACGAAGGUCUUGAACACGAUAUAUACGGGACAGACAUAGGAGAUAUCAAAGAUAUUCUGAUGGCAGGCCAGAAACCAGGCCCAAAAAUGUACCGGUGUGACUACAUUGGAUGUGAUAAAAGCUACAUUAAAAGCUCACAUCUUGUUGCUCAUAAAAGAACACAUACAGGAGAAAAACCUUAUCCGUGUACUUGGGGGGGCUGCACGUGGAAGUUUGAGAGGAAAGAUAAGCUCACUCGUCAUUUACGGACACACACUGGAGAAAAACCCUUCACUUGCCAGUACUGCCCAAGCGCUUUUUAUCGAUCCGACCAUCUAACAAAACACGUAAAGCGUCUUCACGAAAUGCAACCUCAAAAAGCUCAAAUGGUUUAUUACGUGAAUUCGAUGACCUAAAAAAUCUUUCUUAUUAUCAAUGAUAUGUCGUGUUUAGGUUUACUUUUGUUGAGUUUGUCCUUUAUUUAAUGAUCCAAAUGUAGUCAUAUUUUAAUACUGUGUAAACCAUUUUUUUCAUUAUAUCAGUUACAUCACAACAUAUUUAAUUGUUCGAUCUCCUCAAGAGUUACAGAGAUAUUUACUAUAAAAAGUAAAACAUUAAAACUCUUUGUAAUCUUAAACUUUAUUAUUAACACAUCGCACUCCGAUAUCGUCGCCGUGUAUGUAGAAUUAUAUUUGUAAUUCCUAUAAUGAUUGUACAAGUUUUAUUAAUUGUCAAGGAUGACUGCGAAGUUGUUGAAUUACUAAUUGUUGUUAAUUUUAUUGUACCGUCAGAUAUCACGAUUGCAUGACAUUUAGUAUCUAAAAAUAAUAUAUCAUUCUUAUAAAACUUUCAGGUUCUGAAAACCUUUUAGCCCCGUUUUCACUGCAAUUUUUCAUUUUUCGAUUUUUUAACAAUUACGGAAAAUAAUUUUCUAAACCAAAUCAUGGUUCGAUAUCAAAUUCCGUGCAUAAUGGAAUAUAUAAAUUUGUGUAUAACAAACUUGGGAGCAACUUGCUUUUCCCGAACUUGUGACACUGAAAAUUAAAAAAAUUAAUAUUUUAAUUCCAAAUCUAUCAUUUUGUGCACCCGUUAUACAUGCGUCAGAUACUAAAUGUCAAGCAAUCAUGGUCAGAUAUUUAUAAUACGAAUAUUAGAUUUAUAAAUAACAGUUUACAGCAUAUUUAGAUACACAAUAAAUACUUAACCUGUGUAGUAAGAAAUAAUAUUUCUGGAUUAUUACA